CAAACUAUCGGGAACGGACAUUGGUUACUUCGGCAAGUUCAGGCGUAAUGUCUCACUGCAAAUCUAGUGCGUCAGUGGAUGGAGGUGGCCGAAGACGCAGACCUUCCACCACAGCAGAGACCUCAGAGCUCCACUGGGAGCCCGAGAGCGGCAAAGCCAACUGCCACAACUCUACAUGUGACCGCCUUGGCCUGCCCGCCCAUCAUCCUGACAUGCCAGAGACCCCAUCUCCUUGUUUCUCCCACCCGUUUGGCCAACGCACCGCAAAACGCCUGUCAAACUUCAGAGGAUUCUCUCAGCACUCCCUCACUGCUGACGGCUGGCAGGAGGGCAGUCUCAGGACCACCAUCUGUGCUGAGAACGAUGUGGAGGCCCACAAGGAAGUCAACAACCACCAUUUUGGCUUUCGGAAGUGGAAAAGUCAUGUGACCGAGCAGCCCUUUGAGGAGAGGACAGAAGAGGUGAAGGAACUCUACUCUGACCUGAACUUCAUCAGGCCCGUCACAGGGUCUUCCAUCACUCCUGGAAAUAUCAUAUAUUUGGUUUUGUUUGGCUGGUGGGUCUCGUUAGCAUACUUCCUUAUUUGUGGACUAAUGUUCUCCAGCAUCAUUGGAAUUCCCUACGGCAGGCUGUGUCACAAAUUGUCCUGUUAUUUCCUGUGGCCCUUUGGAAAAGCUAUUCAAAAGACGAAUGGCAUGGCCAAGAAGUGCUGUGCAAAGGUUCCUGACUGCGAGGCCAUCCCCGAGGAAGACCCAUCUGAGUCCAGCUCCACUGAGGUGGCCGAGCACCCUCCGUCACCGAUGGCACCCACACUGAAGAGGCCCCGAUACUGGUGCCGGAUCAGUACGUAUGUGUGGCUGCUGCUGGGGUUCCCCCUGCUGGCUGUGGUCCACUGUCUGGCCAGCUUGCUGGCCUGGGUACUAGUCUUCUACAUCCCUGUGGCCAAGAUGAACGCCAGGACCCUGCGCAACGUCCUGCUCCUUCCCCCGGAGGAAGUCCACAUCCGAAAACUGGAAAAGCAAAGCUGUGAGACCGAAGUCUUGCUCUGCUGCUACAGUGCCUUCAACAGGAACUACUACAAGUACAAAGUGGACGGAAUCAAUGUCUUUGCUGUCAACCUUCUCCCCUUUGUCUUCGUCACCAUCCUGAUUGGCUACCUGGACAGAGAGGGUGUGUACGUCAGCGCUCAGGCCAAGUUCGCCAUGGCAGUGAGCUCCAUCAUCCCCCUUUCCUACUAUAUAGGCAUGGGCAUCGCCAGCAUCUCAGCCCAGAGUAACUUCGCGGUGGGAGCGGUGGUGAACGCCACGUUCGGCUCCAUCACGGAGAUGACCUUCUACAUCACGGCGCUCCUGGAGGGCUACCGCGCCGGCAACAAGUGCUAUGAGGAGAUCGUCAAGGCCGCGCUCACCGGGACGCUGAUGGGCUGCAUCCUGUUCAUCCCCGGGAUCUGCAUGAUCAUUGGAGGACUGAAACACAGAGAACAGCGCUUCAACAGCCGCUCUGCUGGGGUCAGCUCUGCACUACUCUUCAUAUCCGUUGGAGGUGUGUUUGCCCCCACGCUCUUUUCCAAGGCCUAUGGGAAGCUGGUAUGUGAGGCAUGCUCCGUUGCCCCCGGCAACAUGACCGCCUCCUUCUCCUGCAGGAACUGUCACUAUGACCUGACAGAAAACAAUUGGUCAUUGUUUCACAGUCACAUUGAGCCUCUGGUGUACACGGUGUCUGUUCUGCUGCCUGCCGCCUACAUCAUCGGUCUCAUCUUCACCCUCAAGACCCACUCCCACAUCUACGACAUCCACAUCAAUGACGACCAUGGACAGGGACACGAGCCUGUGGUGCUGUGGUCUCGUCUGCGAGCUCUGGUGGUGUUGAUCAUGACGACGCUGAUGAUGGCCGCCUGUGCUGACCUCACCACCGAGAACAUCAGACCCAUCAUCUCACACUCCAGCAUCUCACAGUAUUUCAUCGGAGUGACCGUGUUGGCAAUGGUUCCGGAACUCCCAGAGAUUGUCAACGGAAUCCAGUUUGCCCUUCAAAAUAACAUCAGCCUCAGUUUGGAGGUGGGAAGCUGCAUCGCGGUGCAAGUGUGCAUGAUCCAGAUCCCUUUGCUCAUCUUAUUCAAUGCCUUUUAUGACGUUGGCUUUGUCCUUAUCUUCAGCGACCUGCAUCUGUGGGCAAGCAUCUUCAGUGUCAUACUGGUGAACUACAUCUUCAUGGAUGGAAAGUCGGACUACUUCCAAGGCACAGCGCUGGUGGUGGUCUACCUCAUAUUGCUGGCGUUAUACUUCUUUGCUCCUUCCCCUGCUGGAUGCUGAUGUCUCGUCACCACCCGAUGUCCCCAAACGUUGUGCUGUAGCUCCUGCCGCUCUUUUCCUCCAUACUCGCCUUUUUCUAUGUGCGUACUACUAACUGUGUCCCCAUUUUUGUACUACUUACCUCGUCACAGUCUGAAUGUUGAUAUUGUACAGUGGUGACCAGGUUUGGACACACAUUUCUCUGUGACUUCUGCCACCUGGCCUUUGGCAUCUAAACUUCUGUAUUGUGUGUGUGUUUUGUUUUUGUAUGUACCGUAUUUGUAUUUAAAAUAUAUAUAUAUACAUGUAAUUGUGAAGUAUGUAUUUAAGUAAUAAUGUACCAAAUGUGUCGUGUCAAAGUACCAGGAUGAUCCUUCUCUUUUGGUGGUGAAUCACCAAUUAUUAAUUAAUAAUAAUUAUUAAGGUGCAUCUUUUAUAUAAGCAUUUACACUGGCUUUCACAUUGAAAUACAGUGUAUGUCCUAAAACACGGCCAGUAUGACUAGCACAUGCACUACUUUUGAAAUCCUUGGAUCUUUAUCAUUAUCCUAAUUGUACUUUUGAAAUGAAUCUGUUGGUUGCUUUAUAACUUCUUUGUGUGUAGUUUUUAUCCCAAAAAAACACCUGCUAUAUGGCUGUUUUUUCCUGUGCUUAAUUGUCAACUUUUUCUGAAAUUGAUUAAAAUACCUUUUUGUGGGCAAAUGCCACAUGAAGCCCUUUUUGAAGUA